AUGGGAAACUGCACUGCUUUUCUUUUCAAUUGUGAUUCCAAGCCUGAAGAAGAACCUGGACAAGUUUCAGCACGAAACAUAUCAGAGCCAGCAGUAGACGAAAUCGAAAUAAAUGUUACAGAAAAACCCAUCCUUCACGCUGAGCCUCGUCCUGUACAAAAUUCCGAGCCUCCUCCUGUAAAAAAUUCCUCUCCAGUCCUCAAAGCAGCAGCCCGAGGCUACCUUGCUAGAAAAGAGCUCAAUUCUCUUAAACCAAAAAUGAAUGAUGACCCUGGAGUUUUAAAAAUCCGCGGAGCUAUCAUUCUUCCAAUAGAAGAAGAUGGCGUUGAAUGAGUUGAUGAAAUCUCAAUUGAAGACUCCAAAUAUACAGGCCAGAUGAAAGAUGGGAAGCGUCAUGGACUCGGUACACAAAUAAGCUCUGACCAAACUAAAUAUGAAGGCCAAUGAUAUAAUGAUAAAGCCCAUGGGCUUGGAAGACUUAUACAUAUAGAACAAGACGUAUAUGAAGGCGAAUGAAAAGAUGAUAAAAUCAAUGGAUUUGGGGAGUAUACUAAUAAGAAUGGCGCAAAAUAUGUUGGGGAAUGAAAAGAUGACAAACAAGAUGGGAAUGGAACUGAAAUGUGGCCUGAUGGGGCAAGAUAUGAAGGACAUUAUAGCAAUGGGAAGAAAAAUGGCAAGGGAAAGCUCAAUUUUGCAGAUGGGGCAUGGUAUGAAGGAAAUUUUAAAAAUAAUGAAAUUUCGGGGUUAGGGAGAUAUCAUUGGCCUGACCAAAGAGUAUAUGAAGGACAGUGGGAAGCUAAUAAAAUGCAUGGAAAAGGAGAACUACGAUGGCCAGAUGGAAGAAAAUAUGUAGGGAGUUAUGUAAAUGAUAAAAAAGAAGGCUUCGGAGCCUUUUAUUGGCCUGACGGUAGAGUAUACUCGGGUCAAUGGAAAGCAGGAAAGCAGCACGGACAAGGCGAAGUAGGACAUGUAAAUGGACCUAAAAGAAAAGGCGAGUUUAAAGACGGGCAACGAAUUAAAUGGACUGAAAUGAAAUAA